UAAGCUACCGAUAAAAGAUGGGGUUCCACAAGGUUCAAUCCUUGGACCUAUCUUGUUCAGCUUGUAUAUUAACGAUUUACCUACUGUUGCACAGCACUGUAACAUUGAAUCGUACGUAGAUGAUUCCAAACUAUUUUUGGCUUUCUCCUUAAACGAAUUGGAUGAUGCUGUAACCAAAGUUAACCAAGAUCUGAAGUUGACCUUUGAAUCGUUUUGCACCAACUACCUACUUAUCAAUCCCACUAAGACAAAGUUAAUGGUAUUUGGAGUACCCCAACUUGUUUCCAAGUUACCUCAGGAUAUAACAUUUACUCUAAUGGACAAACAACUUACAAAUUCAUCAAAUGCGAAAGACCUUGGUGUCACAUUGGACCCAUAUCUGAACUAUAGCGAUCAUGUAGCUAACGUUGUGUCCUCUUGCAUGAGAGCUUUG